AUGUCUUCCAGCAAGAUCAAGGCCGGCCAGCUGUGGUCCAAGAACAAGGACGAGCUCACCAAGACCCUCGGCGAGCUGAAGACCGAGCUCGGCCAGCUGCGCAUCCAGAAGAUCGCCUCCUCCGGCACCAAGCUGAACAAGAUCCACGACCUCCGAAAGUCGAUCGCCCGCGUCCUCACCAUCAUCAACGCUAAGGAGCGACACAACCUGCGCCUCUUCUACAAGAACAAGAAGUACCUGCCCCUCGACCUCCGCCCCAAGCAGACCCGCGCCAUCCGUCGCCGCCUGUCUCCUGAGGACGCCGCAAGGAAGCUGGAGAAGACAAAGAAGCGCCAGCAGCACUUCCCUCAGCGCAAAUACGCCAUCAAGGCUUCCGCAUAA